GUAACCGCAAAUAACCUCUCCUUCUCUCUCUCUCUUUCUCCCGCUGAUUUUGGCGGCACUGAAAGCGCCUUCUCCUCUCCAUAUCCAUCACUCCCCCACGAUUACAUCUCCCUCUGUCAAUCCCGUCAACGUUGAUUUAGCGCCAAAUCUCCCCACGAUCUCUUCUUGCUCGGGAGGAGAUUCUUCUCCUCCCUCCCUAUAGAGCUGUACAAGGAAAGACAAGUGAAGCAGCCCGAAAAAGACCAGGCGGAGAAAGAAAAACAAACUAAAGGAAAGAGAGAAGAAUGGGCCGCGACGAUGGCUCCGACGUUGUCUCCCUCCUGUGCCAAGAGGACGAAGCAUUCCUCGCCGCUCACGACGAUGACCACCACUGCCACCGCCCCCGCCACCACGAGUGCACCGACCCGACCCAGUUCUUCGUUUUCGGCGACGAGGACGAGUACUUCCAGAAGCUCAUUCGGCAGGAGGCCCGGGACCCUGCGUUCUCGCUCAGCUGCUCCUCCUCCUCCUCCUCCUCUGCCCCUCGCAGCCUCUGGCUCAAGCGUGCUCGGACCAGUGCCAUUGAUUGGAUUUUUGAUAGAAGGGAAUCGUUCGGAUUUCACUUGCACACUGCCUAUCUGUCCAUCACUUACCUCGAUCGGUUUCUUGCAAUCCGCUCCAUAGCCGACGGGAAGUUGUGGGCUGUGCGAUUGCUGUCGCUGGCGUGCUUGCUUCUGGCGGCAAAGAUGGAGGAGUACAGAGUCCCUGCAAUAUCAGAUUUCCAAGCUCAAGAUUUUGUUUUUGAGGGCGAAAUAAUUCAGAACACGGAGCUCUUGAUCUUGAAGACGCUCGAGUGGAAAUUGGGUUCAAUCACUCCCUUCUCUUAUCUGCACUACUUGGUCCUUAAAUUCCACGGCCAAUCCAGAGAGAGGGAGUUUUUCUUCACUGCCAUGGAGCUCGUUCUUGCACUUUCAAAAGAGAUUAAUUUGGUGGAUUAUAGACCAUCUGUUAUUGCUGCUGCUGCAGCACUAUCAUCAUCUUCUGAUGCUGAGUUGAGUAGAAAAGCAAUGGAACUUAAAACAAGUAGAAUCUCAUCAUGGGAUUCUCAAGAUAAUGAGCACAUAUUUGCCUGUUACAAUCUUAUUCAGGGAAUAAUGAAGCAGGAAAAACUCAAGACUCCUCAAACAAUUUCUCACAGAGAUGUUCUGAGAAGUGUUUCAUCAUCCUUAACCUAUGCCAGUGGCAUCAAGAGAUUGCUUCCAUUCGAUGACAGUGAUCAGAACUGUCCUGUGAAGAAAAAGACCAGAAGGCAAUAGUUUUGUGUGGUAUUGGGCAAGGUUAUUGCUUUAGGGGAUGAUGAUUACAGGUCUAAUGAGUGUUUAAAAAUCCCAAAUUCAAUAGCAUGAUUGGAUUUGAUGGCUCGGGGGUCUUCAUUUUCCAAUACCAACAACAGAGAAAAAGAAGAAUUUUCUUCAGCCAGUGAAAGCCAAGCAGCUGGAGGAAAAGACAGUAUAUAAUUAAAAAAAGAUUAAAACUUUUUCAGAGAGAGAGAGAGAGAGAGAAGCAAGAAGAUGACAUGAAGUUCAGAAGAGAGACCAAGGAGAGUGGAAGAAAGAAGCAGCCAAUUAAUCCUAAUUUGUCUAUAUUCAUGCUAGACGUAGCAGCUUGCUUAGAAUGCUGCUACUUGCUUUAAUGCCCAGUUUGGCAUUUUGUUUCAUUUUGAUUUUGUUUACCAUGAAAUUGUUUGGUCGGUAGUGAUUGAGCAGUGUAGAACCCUAGCAAAAGUCCCUACCUUUUGAUGGGAGCUUGGGAUGCUUCCUUGUGUCUUUCAAAAGGCUGAAAGCCAUGAGGGAAUGUGUUGUUUGUUUUUGCUUGAUUUGACACAUUUGUGUUGAGUUUGGGCCAAUAAAAAAGCAUGGGAUGUUGGAUGUGA